ACUUUCAGACACUUCAUUUUCAUCGAUCAAUACAAUAGUUUCACAAUAAGCUAUAAGAAAAUGAAUUCCAAAGGGUUACUUUUUCUUACUAUGUUGCUGGCUUCCAUCCUUCUCAUCUCUGCUGAGAAAUCUGAUAAAAAAGAUGAUAAAGCAAAUGGGGUAGAUGAAAGCAAAUAUGGCUAUGGAGGUUGGGGUUACGGUGGUCCUUGGCGUGGCGGCUAUGGUUGGGGUUACGGCGGUCCAUGGCGUGGCGGCUAUGGAUGGGGAGGUCCAUGGCGUGGCGGAUGGGGAGGUGGUUAUGGUGGCUGGCGUGGAGGCUGGGGUGGUGGUUGGCCUAAAGAACACAGUGAUGCCAAUACUGAUGUUGAACCUCAUAACUAAGCAAGAAAUUUAGCUAGAGUGGGCUCUUGUUAUACUAUGUAUCACAAUAAAUAAAACUUCAUGUGAAGUGUUGUAGUUACAAAUAUAAUAAAACGGCUAAUCUUGUGUUGUAUUGUACUUGUUCAGAAAUAAUAUACACGAGUUUAGACAUAUAUAAUUUAUUAUGA